AUGGAUAACAAUCCUUUUUCUCAAUCUUCAACUGAUUUGAAUCUUGACGAAUCUGUAUCCAGAUACAGUAGUGACGUUGUAAGAGAAUCCAGCACAACGCUGGAUUCAAUUUCAGAAAAUAUUUACGAUAUAGGUUCUCUUAAGAUUUCACAUGAUAGUUUGGGUAUAUCCUCGUUCGGAGUCAUCAAUCCAUCCUCAGUCAAGUCAAUUCUGGACAACAACAACUAUUCUCCUCAGAAAAGGUUGAUGUUAUGGCACUCGUUAUGUUCUCCAGAAUAUCUUGAUAUUUUCUCGUCUCUAGGUGUCAGUGAUACGACGACCCUGAUUCACGGAGAAUCGCUUAUCGUCUACGUCUGCUGUUUGGCACAUAAGGAAGGCCAUAACCUGUUUGAAAUUUCGAGCGGACUCCAGACGCUUCAGUUUACAUAUCGAGUUGAUAGAUUCCUCUCGAGUUUGAUUAAAUCGGGGUGCUCAAUUAAGUUGGUGUUUUUUGACAUCUUCAAGAACGUUUUCGAUCCGACGUUUGCAGUUUCGGAGGAGGACGACUCGUUUUUUGAUGGGUUCUUAUACUAUAGGCAGCUAAUACUGUGCUAUCUUAAGCAGAAGGAGAUUCCAUACCUAGUCUUUGAUAACUGGCUGACAGAUAGUAGGUUCUUCGACUAUUUAUCGGACAAUGAGCCAGCGUGUAUACUAUUGGAGGACGGGUCAUCGUUUGUAUACGUGUUUGACACAGUUUAUGAGCUUUUGGAGCAGCACUCGGAAGGCGCAGUGAACGCGGAGAACAAUGAGAAGUACGCAGAGUACCUGUCUAACCAGAUAAAGGUGGACAGGUACUGCAACGUGGUAUACACACUGAUCACGCAAAGCCUGUUCAAUAGCCUGUCAGUAGCCUACCUGUUCGACAUCACACACAACUCACACGAUGUCAAGGCGUUCAUGUCGUUCUCGUCGAACGUGCACCCGCCGAGUGGGCUGCACCAGCAGUCGUCAAAGCUGGUGCUGGAGCAGUUCGGAACGAGCGACACCUCUGAAACACUGGGGCUCGCAAAUGACCUGGUAGUGGACCUGUAUCACGAAGUUUGUAAACUGGUGGACGGAAGAGUGACUUUGAGAGAUGUACUGGCCUGUAACUACCUGAGGGAGUUCAUUAGACUGACAAGCUCAAGCGACGAGGUGGACGAGGAGAACGUGCAGCUGUUCAUGCUGACGUUCAAGUGUUUGAUGCUGCACAACUACAUGAUAGAGAACAUGAGUCUGAGGGACAGGUGCACGAAAAAGGUAGACGUGUCGUCAUGGAGCUUCUACACUGAGCUUGUGACGGCGACACUUGACUUCAUGUGCUGCUACUCAAACCAGGUUUUCGACAGUCUGUUUAAGAUGAGCGACGAGAGCCUGAGUCACAUGGACAGGCUGGACGGGUCAGUGAGUGACGUGUUCGACGGAAACCUGUUCAGCACACUCAUGUAUCUGUUAUGUGACCACGCAUCGAAACACGAUGACCAGGUGGAUGAGAGCUUCAUACCCCUCGACGAGAAGGCACUCACGAAGAUUGAUAAGUUAUAUCGCAACUUUACGAAGGAUGAAGCGAGUAGGUUCUUCCCAAUAAAAAUGGAUAAGCUGGACUAUCUGUACGUAGGUACUGAAGGUUCAGGUGGACCAGGAGAUAGUCAGGAUGACUCAGACGGUCAUGGGACGCCUGAGUCAUCCAUCGGAGAGAAGGAAAGGAGGAACGCAGGCACGUUGGAAAGGGCAGCGUCAACAGAACACACAAAUCACGUUGACGCAAAGUUGGCUAACCACAUAGCAGGAGAAGGAGAUAAAACGAGCGAAGGAACUGGAGCUUCUGCAGAUGGAUCGCUGGCAACCGAUUACAGGUACCUCAAGGAGAUAAGAAACAAGUAUCUCUUCUUAAACAACUCAUUCAUCAACCUGUACUAUAAAUUCGAAGAAAAAAACCGGCACUGGGUGAAAGCGAAACCCAUGGAUAAGCUGGUUAUGAUGGACAAGUAUAACUGGAGAGACCCGUGUACGAUAUCUGAGAGGCUGGAGUCGAUAGACUUCUACCUCAAUUUCGCAAUGAAAGAUGACGAAAAGGACAUGACGAAUUUCGCAAUAAGGAGGAACCUGCAGCACAAGAGUAAGUUCUCGUUCGCACUGGCGAAGUACCUGGGCUCGAGUAACCUGCACCACCCAAUAGUGAUAAAGCUGGAGCACCACUGGCUGCACAUCAAGUACCUGUCCCUGAUGGCGUACUCGAAGACGCUGUCGUCAGUGGCGCAGACGCCGAAGGAGUCAGGAAGACCGACGAAGCAGUCGAAGCAGGCGAGUAAGCAGACAAAGGAGACGAAGAGCGGACAGAAGGACAAGCUGAGUAAGGCGGAGCUGCUUAAGCUGAAGAACACGGAGCUGCAGGAAAACAAGAAGCUGGAAAGCGACACGAACACGCUGACGAGGCUGGAGCUUAAGCUCGCGCAGAUGUUCAACAACGACAAGAGCUUCGCAGACAUGUACACGAACAUCCUGGAGAACACGGACGGGCCGAACAGAGCAGUGGACCUGCUGACGGACUUCAAGUGGGUGAAGAGCAUCCUCUCGACGAAGAGCGUGCAGCUGAUGUACAUCUACAAGCUGAUACAGAAGCUGUACAACUGCUUCUCAAGCUACAGACUGAGAAUCGUUAAAAACUCGCCAAACUCGUUUAGAAAGCUGCUCUCAAUAGUGCUGAGGCUUAUCUUCGUGUACUACAACCAGUACCACCAGCUGAUGCCGAAGGAGAUAGCGCUGUACCUGUACAUGUUCCUGUACCAGUUGAACUUUAAGAAGUACGCGAGCAACCUUGUGAAAACGUACAACGCAUACCAGCGUGAAGCAGUAGUAUCGGACCCGAAGCCAGAGAAGACGGGAAAGAAAGGAGGGAAGAAGGGAGCGAGUACGUCGGUGAAGGAGGAGAAGCAGGAGGACGUGUCGAAAAAUGUGAUAUCCCAGAAGGAAAUGGAUAAGGUGCACAGAGAGUGCGCGCAGUGGGACUUCGCGAUCUUUGACGACUGCGAGUCGAACUACAUGCUCUGCUACAUGGGAGACCUGUUCGAGAGGACACUGGGAAGCACGAAUGAUCCGAGAGUGCUCUUUAGACCUGACGCGUGGCAGAAGAUGCUGCUGGACGUGGUGGACGCGCGAGAGUCGGCGCUGGUGGUGGCGCCGACGUCGACGGGGAAGACGUACAUCUGCUACUACGCAAUGGAGCAGGUGCUGAGAGUGGACGACCACGGAAUGGUGAUCUUCGUGGCGCCGACAAACGCACUGGCGCUUCAGGUGACCUACGAGAUUACAGCAAGGUUCAGCAACAAGUACUACACGAACCCGAACCUGGCGUUGAGCUCGAUCUUCCUGGAAAAGUUCCACGACCGCAAGUGGAACGCGAGUCAGAUACUGGUGACGGUGCCAAACAUCCUGGAGAAGCUGCUGACAUCGAUGAGGACGAACGAGUCGAACUUCGCGAGCAGGCUGGAGUACAUCAUCUUCGACGAGGUGCACUGCAUCUCGGACGUGGGCCUGGGCACGUUCAUGGAGCGCUGCAUACACCUGAUCCCGUGCCCAUUCCUGGCGCUGUCAGCGACCAUCGGGAACGCAGUGCAGUUCCACAAGUGGCUGACGAAGAUUGCGACCUACAAUAACCCGUGCGCAGGCUCGAGCAUGGACGGAGAGGCGCCCUUCAACAAGGUGCACUUCAUCCAGUUCGACGAACGCUACUCGGACCUGAAGCUGGAGAUAUACUCGCCGGGCACAGACCACGUUGACAGCAUCGGCUCAAAGUCGACCAGGGAGAAGAACAAGCUGCUGCCCUUCAACCCGGUGUGUUGCAUGAGCUACAACAGCCUGGUGGCAAACGGGUUCCCAAACGACGUGUACCUGACGCCCUACGACUGCUACGUGAUGUUCCAGGCGCUCAUGAUGACGGCGAACGAGAGAGGGCAUAAAAUCGCAGAGACAUUCGAGUACCUGGACCCGAGAAACUACUUCGUGGGCUGCACGCUGAUAACGAAGAGGCAGUAUCGCUACUACCUGGAGACGUUCAAGAUCGAGUUCACGAAUCAGAUAAACCUGAGGAACAUUGACGCGGAAACGUACCAGCACCUGCUGUGUAACAUAAACCUGCUGAGCAACGGAGCGAACAUGUCGGAGUUUGACGGCCUGCAUAAGCUGUACCCGCUGCUGCAGCCGAAGGAGGUGCUGAGUCACGUGACGGAAAAAAGGCUGGAAAAGCCGUUGGUAGACCAGGAUAACACGCAGACGACGUCAGAUACGAUCAACGGAGUGGGUGAGGCUGACCUGAGCGGGCAAGCGGGAGUAGCGGAGGGAGUGUCUGAAAAGGCAGUCUGCGAGGGAGCAGGGCCGUACCCGAUAUCGGAUAACACGUCUGAAGGAGUGAGUGUGAUUGGCAACAGGGACAACGCGGCCUCAGACGUGGCAAGUGUGGCAACAAACGCGGACAACGCAGGCAGCAGGAUGGUGAGCCGGUACAGCUCGGCGAAGACCGACGACGUGUUCAACUUCCUGAACGACGAAGACGGACUGGAGUACCUUAACGAAACAGCGUUCUACGACAUGCUGAGGAAGCUGCAGAGCAGCAAGAGGCUGCCGUGCCUGGUCUUCAUACUGGACCGCAACGUGAUGGAGCACGUGCUGCUGAACGUGGUGAAGCUGGUGCUAAGGCUGCAGUGGGAAAAGUUCUUCGGGACGCCCGAAAGGACGCUGCACACAAAGAUGCAGAACAAGGCGCGCAUGGACAAGUACAACAUGCUCCUGAAGCAGUACGAAGCGGAGAAGAAGAUGAGAGCGAGCGCGUCGAAGGAGCAGCGCGAAAUCGAGGGAAUCACGAACAACAUAGAGCUGGAGCUGCCUGCGGAGCCGAUCGACGUCUCGCAGGAGUACGACCCGGAGUUCUACUUCUACAACCGAAGGACGUACGCGAACUACAGCGACGAGAUCGAAAAGUUCAUCAGCGUGGCGGCGACGAGCAUCAAGGACCGGAAGAACGCGAACCUGUACAUCGAGGCGCUGAAGAGGGGGAUAGGAAUACACCACGAGGGCUUCCCGCACAAGUUCACCAUGCUCACGGAGACGCUGCUGAGGCUGGGAUUCCUGAACGUGAUCAUCAGCAGCAGGUCGCUGGCGCUGGGAAUAAACGUGCCCUGCAAGUCAGUGCUCUUCUGCGGAGACAACUACGAGCUCACGCCGCUGAUGUUCAAGCAGAUGUCGGGGCGCUGCGGAAGAAGAGGAUUCGACCUCUCGGGACACGUGAUCUUCUGGUCAAUCUCGAAGAAGAGGAUCAAGCAGCUGCUGCACACGAACCUGCCGACGCUCACGACGAACUUCAACAACAUUAACACGUCGAUGCUGCUCUCGAUACUCUCCUCAUUCUACACGCUCAUCAUCAAGUCGAACUCUGCGCAGGGCGGCCUGAGCCUGGGCUUCCUGAACAAGAAGUCGGACGACUACCUGGACAUCAGGGAGGAGCUGAUCGCGACGAGCAGGAAGCUGUCGAUAGAGCCGAAGCUGCUGGUGCAGAGGCUCUCCUCGCUGCUCAACAACAGCCUGAACCACUUCACCUCCAGGAGGUCGGAGAAGGACGACCGGACGAAGAUCGUGCUCCUCGUCAGGAUCGUCCUCGAGAUCCUGCUCAACUGCGGCAUGGUCGACGAGAACGGGCUCAUCCGCGGCUGCUACGAGCUCGCACUCCUGAUGCGCGACAUUCACCCCUCGAACAUCCUGCUCUCGAGGCUCGUGCAGAACUCGACCUUCACGAAGCUGCUCGAACGCUACUCGGCGCUCAGCGGCUCGAGCGAGGAGGGCGUGGACGCGAGCUUCCACCUGCUCGAAAUGCUCGUCACCCUGGUCUAUAGGAAGAAGGAGAUGAGCAACGUGCUCAACCUCAGGCGCCUCGUGAGCGCGAAUGUGAGGAACGGCACAAACGGUCCGAGCGUCAAGGGCGCGUUCAGGGCUGAGAACGCGACCUCGUGCCAGGUUGCGUACCCGGACACGUUUCCGCUGCUGCCGUACAACGCGACGCUCCAGAAGCACAUCGACUACUACAACCAGAUGGUGCUGACGACGACGGCGAAGUACCUGAAGCCGCAGAGAGUGGGAGCGGAUUCCCCGAGUGACCGGAGUGGCGCCGAUGGCCACGCUAACAGCACGCAUCCCUCAAACAGUACAGGCCUUGUUAACAGUUUAGACCAAACUAGCCGACCAGAGCACGCCAGCCGAUCAGAGGGUGCAAACAGUACAGACCAUGCCAGCCCAUCAGAACACGCAAACAACACCGAUAGCGCCAACAGCUCAGAACACGCAAACAGACUGGAAAACCUGUUUGACAAGUACAGCCAGAGGAACCUCUACCGCUCCGAGUCGGACCUAUCGAACGACCACAUCAACAUCGGGGGCGUCGUGAAGCAGGUGCGCACCUGCCACGAGCUGAGCGACACGCUCUUCGAGCUCACGCACGACCUCGUGCCCACGAUCGAGGGCAGCUUCUGCACAAUCGUUCAGCUGGACAGCAAGUUCAACCAGGUGAAGCGCCUCACCACCACCUUCGACAACUCGUACAUCUGCGACUACUUCACCCACGGCAGGUACUCCAUGCUCAGGGACGCGAACGGGCUCGGCCAGUACGCCUGGGACUACCUGAAGAAGUUCAUCACGUUCCUCCAGCACUUCAAGUUCGUCCUCAAGACGUACACGUCGCACCUGAGCACCGACGACAUUCUGUUCAAGAACGUGCGAUACAUCCUCGACAAGAUAGAGCCCAUGUUUAACAGAAUUUAA